UCCGCACCUCCUUACCCCCCCCCGCUCCGGUCAGCCCCCUUACCCCCCUGGCGGGGCCCCCUCUCUCCCACCCGGCUUCGGGUGUCCCCCAAUGAGCGACAGGGAUGGCGACUGCCGUCCGAUGUGCGGUAGUGGACGGCGCGCUAGGGACCGACUGGACGACCGGUAGCCGGUUGCAAUUGGCUGGGUCGGCGGGCGGGACCGAUCCCAGAGUCGUGGCGACACCAAUUCGACGACACGUGGCCUUCCCGCCCGCCGUUGGACACGUGGCGUUCUCGCCGCGAAGCAGAAAGGAUGCUGUCCACGCGUACCGACCAGCAGCAGGAGAAACGGGGUCAGCAUCGCCAUCCCCCCGACGACGCGACGACGUCCCGCGCGGCAGCAGCGCAUGGCAGCGCGCUGGCAAGCGGUUUUUGGCGGGAGAACGGCGCGCGCUCACGUGCGCUUGCCCAGAUGAGAGGGAUGCCAUAGCAGCGGGGGUGACGGCCUUGGGAGGAGGAGCAGGGCCCCAGAGACGGGUAGAGGGAGAGGAGAAUAUCGCGGUCCUGCGGGACUGGAAAGGAGAGGAUGGAGCGCGCUCGUCUUGGAUAUGGCGGGAAAGGGGAGAAGAAGAGGACGGAAAGAGUAGCAGGAGCAUCGGCAGCUGCGGCGAUGACGGCGGCGGCGGUUUUAUGUCCAGAAGAAGGACGAUGCUAUUCGCGGCGGCGACGGCGAUGGCGGGGAUUGCCACCUGCGCAGAGACAGGGGUUGGCGGGCGGGGAAAAAGGGCGGAAGCAGCGGAGAGAGCGGCGGCGGCUUUCACCCUGGAAGAGGUGGCGAGGGAGGUGACGCCACGUGGCGAGCUCACACCGUCCGAGCUGGCCACCGUUCGAUUAUUCGAACAGAGCACCUACUCCGUCGUUAAUAUCCUCGAUGUGACCCUGAGACCUCAAGUGAACAUGACGGGUUCCGUCGAAAUCCCCGAAGGGAAUGGCUCGGGGCUCAUAUGGGACAAGAAGGGGCGUAUUGUGACUAAUUACCACGUGAUUGGCAAUGCUUUGGAGCUCAACCCCCCCUUAGGAACGAAGGUAGCGAGGGUGACCGUGCUAAACGACGACGGAACGCAGAGCACGUACGAGGGGGAGUUGGUCGGAGCGGACAAACGGUACGACAUGGCGGUGUUAAAGAUUGACAUCCCGCCAGAGCGCCAGCUUCGCCCCAUUCCUCUGGGCCAGUCAACGGGGCUGAGGGUGGGUCAACGCUGCCUUGCAAUCGGCAAUCCCUUUGGCUUCGAUCAUACCCUAACCACGGGGGUAAUUAGUGGUCUGGACAGAGACAUAGAAAGCCGGACGGGAUUGGUUAUUGGUGGGGGGAUUCAGACCGACGCCGCCAUCAACCCAGGUAAUAGCGGGGGACCCUUGCUCGAUUCAAAAGGUAGAUUGAUUGGUAUCAAUACUGCCAUCUUUACGAGAUCUGGAACGUCUAGCGGUGUAGGAUUUGCUAUUCCAGUUGCCACGGUGGCACGGAUGGUGCCCCAAUUAGUCGCGUUCGGGCGAGUGAUGAGGCCGAGUCUGAACGUUCAGAUCGCGCCGGAGGCGGCAGCGCGGCAAUUGAUGAUACCAUUUGGCGCGCUGGUACUGGCCGUCCCGCCAAAUAGCGCAGCCGCGAAAGCAGGGUUAUUGCCGACGCGCCGGGGUCUUGGCGGGAACAUCAUCCCCGGAGACGUGAUCGUGGCCGUUGAUGGGUCCCCCAUCAAAGCCCCUCGGGAUCUCGACAAGGUCCUGCAGGAGAAGGCGGUGGGAGAGAAAGUCGUGCUUACGGUACGGAGAGAGAAGUCGGCGACCGAUGAGCUGACCAUCACCUUGGAGGAGGACUCCGGAUGAUGAUGCACACGUGGCGUCGUUUUCCUUCUGCUCUUUCACUGGAGUAGAAAACGAUAAUUGAUCCCAUCCUCUCUCUCUCUCUCUCUCUCUCUCUCUCUCUCUCUCUCUCUCUCUCUCUCUGCUCUCUCUCUCUCUCUCUCUCUCUCUCUCUCUCUCUUUGUGUCUUCGAUCUCGAUUGGCCGAGAGAAUUGCAGUAAAGAUUGUUGUACGGCCGGUAGUAAUAGUACAAGUUACUGGUCGUUCACAUAAACGACCGGUCGUUCUUUCGAUGGGAUGUUUCCCCCCUGUCGCUUGGUCACAGGCCUUCGUUUUCUGUUCAGGAUGAUUCUUUUUUUACCCCCCUCCGCUUGCGUCUCGUUGUUCUUCUUGUCCUCUCUCUCUCCUUCUCAUUGGGCUCCAUUUGUCCUCUUCUCUCCUUCUCAUGCUUUCUCUUAUAAUCGACAUGAUCGGGACCGCGACGGACGGCGACGGGAAAGAAUAGGCAAGAAGAAGAAGAAGAAAAGGAAGAGGAAGAGGGAGAAGGAAGAAGUGGAAAGAAGAGGGAAGAAGAGGGAAGAAGAGGGAAGAAGAGGGAAGAGGAAGAUAACAGGAAAACAAGGGGCAACAGAAGGAUCUGUCGGCCAGUUAGCAGAUGCGGAUGGAAGAUGAACCGCGCAAGGAGAAGAAGAAGAUGCAUACGUGGCACUACCGGACGCCACGUCAGAGCACCACCCAGGCACUCGCGUAGAGCGGAUCUUUCCGCUUGGCGUCUUCCCUCGAACAUAACGCACCCUCGUUUUGCCUCUACCGGACCUAUCAGGGUGCGUUAUGUUCGGGGAACGACGGCCAGAUCGAGGUCUCACUCAGUUCAGACGUAACAGCUUCGGAAACUUGGUUUGGGGUUUGGGACCAGCUCCGCAAACCUGCUUUGGGACCAUAUCCGCAACCUUGGUUCGGGACCAGCUUCGGAACCAGGUUUGGGACCAAACCAAGUUUCCGAAGCUCCUCAACCUUGGUUCGGGACCAGCUCCGUAACCUUGGUUCGGGACCAGCUCCGCAACCUUGGUUCGGGACCAGCUCCGCAACCUUGGUUCGGGACCAGCUCCGCAAACCUGUUUUGGGACCAUAUCCGCAUACUUGGUUUAGGACCAGCUCCGCAACCUUGGUUCGGGACCAGCUUCGGAACCAGGUUUGGGACCAGAUCCUCAAACUUGGUUUGGGACCAGCUUCGGAGCCAGGUUUAGGACCAGCUCCGUAACCUUGGUUCGGGACCAGCUUCGGAACCAGGUUUGGGACCAGAUCCGCAAACUUGGUUCGGGACUAGCUUCGGAACCAAGUAUAUACCCAGAGCACUGGUUUUGACAGCUUCUGCAUCGACGCCAGAACCUUUUUUGGGCGGGAGGGGGCAUCAACGCUAGAGACAAUUCUCUCAUACCGGUUUCUGUACAGGGCAGGCCAGGUCUAUAAACGCUUUCACUAUUCGUUGGGUAGAGGGAGGGAGCUAACUUCAACGUGGUGGCGGAUGGCUCGGUGCUGAUAGAGCUUGACCGAGUACCACGGUAAUUCCACGUGAGAAGCGUUAUCGAGCCGGGUGCAGACGGGAAGAGAUUUGGAAUAGAAUUGGGACUUUUUGGAACACACCUUCCGCACGAGGUCCGGACCAGGUUCGGUACCUGGUUUGGGAACACGUUUGGAACCAGAUCUGGAAACAACGUUCUGGCUCGGGAAAAGGUGACUCUCCAUCCUCCCUCCAUUCUGCGGGCCCGGGGGGGGUAGAGAGAGAGAGAGAGAGAGAGAGAGAGAGAGAGAGAGAGAGAGAGAGAGAGAGAGAGAGAGAGAGAGAGAGAGAGAGUUGGAACCAGGUGAGAGAAGCUCUGCACCCGGGGCCAACUGCCACUAACAGCGUUGAGUUUCCUCGAUGCCCGAAUCUGGACGUGUUUGUGGAGAUAUGCAGUAAGAUGUGCAGAAAGUGGCGUUGAGAAUCCUCAAGUGAU